AUGAUAGGAUAUUUCUUUGUGUCAUUAAUUUAUCCUUUUUCAUUGAUUUGUUCAUCAGUUUUCAGAUCAAAUGUUGUAUCAUACAUUUAUUUUAUUUUUUUCCUAUUAUCAAUUUUAUGUUUACCACAUAAAUCAUUGAUAUUAAAAAAUAAAAUUUCAAAAACAUUACCAAUUAUAACAUUAGUACUAUCAAUGUUUAGUUUAAUAUUACAAUUAUUAGUGAACGUUGUAAAAGUAUUUCAAGAACAAGAUGAAUUAUCAGUAAAUAUUUUAACAGCAUUUGGAUUCUAUAAAUAUAAUUCAUUUUGGAUAGUUUUCAGAAAUGUAUUACCAGAUGUAAUUGUAUUUGUCAUAUCAUUAUUCACUAUAAUCUUAUGGUUUAAGAAUUUAGUUUAUCCAGCUUCAAUUAAUAUUAAAGAUUCUUUAAAAAAAACUACAAGUUUAAAUAAUGUCGAUCAAAUUUUAAAUUCACCAUAUGUACAUGGUGGUAGUGGUAAUUUUAAUAGUGGUAGUAAUAAUAAUAAUAAUAAUAAUAAUAUUGUUUAUAGACCAGCAGGAAGAGGAUUAACAGGAUUCUCAUUUUUAAUGUUAACUUUAUCAUCAAUAUCCUAUCCAUCAAUUAUAAAUGUUAUUUAUUUUGUAUUUACAAUUUUAAUCAUAUUAUUAUUAGCUUCAAAAUUAUCUAUUCAUAAAGUAAUGUUAAAAUGUUAUCCAAUAUUAUUAAUUACAUCAUUAUGUCAUUUAUUAUUUGUUUAUUUAAAUCAAAUCGAAUAUUUUUAUAUGAAAUAUACAGUAUUUAAAGAACAAAAAUGGUAUGGUGUAUUAAAUUAUACUGAAUGGGAUGUCACUUAUUGGCCAUUGGUAAUUGGAUAUAUUACAGUUUUAUUACUUUACAUUUCAACUUGUAUUCUAUUUAGAAAACAACAAUUAUUUAAUAGAACUAAACCAAGAUAUAAACAAAAAUUAGAUAAAUUAGGUAUAAUGUCUGAUAGUAAUAAUAACAAUAAUAAUAAUAAUAAAAGUAGAACUACAAAAUUAGCUAUAAUUUUUAGUAAACAUGGUUGGACCAUUUGUUGCUCACAAAUUUUAGUAGUUUGUUUCUUUUUAACAGCAAGUGUAGCAUCAGCGAUAUUAUUAGCAUCAGGUUUAAUUUGUACAUUAUUACCAUUAAAAGUAUUUAAAAAGGUGAUUUAUAUAAUACUAUUAUACUUUUUAGUAUUUAUAAGUGCACAGUAUAUUUUCAAUAUACCUUUUAGUUAUAGUGAAACAGAUUUACAAAGUUAUGGUUUAUUUUCAUUCAAUAAUAGUAAAUGGUUAUAUAUUGGUGUUCAAAUUGUAGUUUCAUUGACUUUAUCUUUAUAUUGUUUCUAUAGCGAUAUAAAAGAUGAUGAUUUAGGUACUAUUAAAAAAGAUCAACAAUCACAACAAUCUCAACCACAACCACAACAACAACAGCAACAGCAACAAUCAUCUCAAAAUAAUCAAAUUCAACAAUCACCAUUACAAUAUCAACAACCAUUACCACCAACACCAAUCAGUAAUAAAUCAUUACCAUCAUCACCAAUGUCUACAAAAUCAACUACAGUACAUAUUCAAAAUAAUAAUAAUGGUGGUGGUGGUGGUAUAAUUAGACCAAGAAAACCAUUACCACCUGUACCAUUAGGAAUGAUUGGUAAGAGUUCAAUGGCAAUGACAUCAAAUUCUAGUUUUGGUUCAAAUAAACCAUUGAAUUAUAUUCAACAACAACAGCUACAACUACAACAACAAAAAGUAAUAGGAUAUCAAACAUCAGCAUCAAUUAAUCAAUUGGAUAUUAAUGAUAGUUUUUCAAUUGCAUUUCCGUCAUUAAUGUUAUUAACAUCUGGUAUUGGUAAAGGAUAUGAUACAUUUAGAGGUAAAUAUGGUGGUACAUUUUCAAAGAUUACUUCAUCAUUGAAGGCAAUUGCAGAGAUCACAUUUUUAGCAAUCAUUGGUCAAUCUUAUAGAUUAGCAUUGGUCGGGUUAUUCUUUUGCGGUUUAACAUCAAUUAAUUUAUUGAAUGCUGGUUAUAUGUUGUUUUUCAUUGUAUUUGUAAUUAGUGAAUCAUUAGCAUCAAGAUUUUGGAUGUGUUUAAUCAUCUAUGCUCAAAUGGUAUUAUUAACACUUUACAUUUGGCAAUUAUCUUGGAUAUCUUCCUAUGAAAAUGAUCUAACAGUUUUAAUUGGUAUGACAAAUUAUUAUGGUAGUCCAUUAUGGGUUGGUUUAAUUUGGCAUAUUAUCAUUAUAACAUUUUCAAUCAUUCAAUGGAAUGUUAAUAAACUUUAUCAAAGAGGUUUAUUUUCAUCAUCAUCAUCAUCAUCAUCAUCAUCGAAUAAUAAUCAAAAUAAUAAUCAAAAUAAUCAAAAUAAUUCAUAUGAAGAUAAAUUUAAAAAUAUACCAAAUUUUUUAUUAGUAUUUGGUGAUUUUAUUUAUAGAUCAGUUCAACAAUUAUCAUUACCAUUUUGUUAUUUAGUGAUUGUAAUUGUAUCAAUAUUUACAAAGAUAUCAUUGAUUAAUAUAGUUUAUAUGGCAACGGUAUUUUUAUGUUUAUUAAUUCAUCAUAUUUCGGCCAAUGGUUCAAUACAUAUUAAAAGAUUUUGGAUCAUUAUUAUUUUAUCACAAGGUGUUGUAUUGGUUGCACGUUAUAUUAUGCAAUUUAAUCAAGUUUCACAUUGGUUAAAUUCAAUUUUCCCAAAAAGUAAUUAUAUAAGUCUAUCUGAUAUUGGUUUAAGAAAUUAUAGUUCAAGUGAUAGAUUUAUUGAAUUAUUUGGUUGUUCUUCAAUUUUAGUAGUUUGUGUUUUUCAAUUAACUGUUUUCUUUUCAAUUGGUCAACAACAACAACAACAACAACAACAACAACAACAACAACAACAACAACAACAACAACAACAACAACAACAACAACAACAACAACAACAACAACAACAACAACAACAACAACAACAACAACAAUUAAAUACUAGCAAUAAUAAUAAUCAAAAUAAUAAUAAUUUAAUUAUUAAAAAAUAUACAUUUUUUGAUAGUUUAUUAUAUAUUGUAAAGAGAAUUUGUUAUUUACAUGGUCCAAAAUUUGUAUUAUGGAUGGUAUUUGCAAUUUCAAUUGCAGAGUAUAACUUUUUCAAUUUCAUUUACCUAAUAAUGAUUGUUAUUAGUAUGUCAUUUAAAAAGGGUACUUAUCGUAUUGGUUCAUUCUUAUUGUUUUAUUCACAGCUUUGGGUAUUAACUCAAUUGGCUGCAUUAUUACCAACGGUUCAAAGUUUUAAUAGUGAUAAAUUCUUUAUGGAUUGGGUUGGUUUACGUCAACCAAAUGUUUCAACACCUUGGGAUGCUGUUAAAUUAAAUCUGGCUAUCAUUUUAGUAAUUUCAAUUCAACAAACUUCAUAUUGGUGGAAUAAAGAAAUUCAAAAUGAAAAACUUGAAAUUAAAAAGAAAAAACAAUUAAAAAAACAACAACAACAACAAAGAAAAUUAGAAGAACAUGAAGAAGAAUACGAAGAAGAAGAAGAUCAAUUUGGAAAUAAAAAAAAUAAUGAUAAAUUAUCAUUAUUAUCAAAUGAUAGUAUUGAAAUUAUUUUAGAUGAUGGUAAUAAUAAUAAUAAUAAUAAUAAUAAUAAUAAUAAUAAUAAUAAUAAUAAUAAUAAUAAUAAUAAUAAUAAUAAUAAUAAUAAUAAUAAUAAUAAUAAUAAUAAUAAUAAUAAUAAUCAAUCAAAUAAUGAAAAUAAUGAAAAUAAUAAUAAUAGUAAAAAAGAAAAUUUAAAGAAAAGAUUAUUUUGGUAUAUUUCAAAUUUUUAUGAAUUAUAUGGAUUGGAAUGUGUAUUUUUAGUAUUAGCAUUUGCAUUAUUUUGGAGAUUAAAUAUUUUAGGAAUGAUUUAUUUAAUAAUUAUUGCAGUUGGAUUAAAUAUUGAUAAGAGAAAUCUUCACAAGUUAAUUUAUGUUAGUGCAUUAUUAGCACCAACCAUUUUAAUUCAAUAUUUAUUGAUAUUGGUUGUACCAACUAAAGAGAAUUCAUAUCCAUGGUUAGAUCAUCCAUUCUUUUUAAAUCAUAAAACCAUUGAUAAUCUAUUACUAUUAUCUAUACCUGAUAGAUAUGUAUUGGUAAUUGAUUUCUUGGUAUUAUUCUUUUCAAUGUUAUUAUUUAAACAAAGAAAUGGUUAUUAUCUUUAUAAAGAUUUUGAAUUACAUCAACAACAACAACUCAAUCAACAACUCAAUCAACAACAACAUGAUAGUUUAAAAAGUAUUGCAAGUAGUAAUUCAAGUAGUCAAAAACCAUUACAUCCAAAGAAUUUCUUUAAAUUUAAUUCUAGUAUUGAUGGUGGUGAUGAUGAUUUUACUAAAGAACCAAGAUCAUGGUCAAAUGAAUUAAGAUAUAUGAUAAUUAGGUAUAGUUCACAAGUGAUUUUAAUCGUUAUAUUUUUAGCUGGUACUGCUGAAUGUGAUAUUUUAUCAUGCUUUUAUGUUUUCUUUUCAGUUUAUGUUUUAUUCUCUGGUAAUGCUCAUUCAAGAAAAUGGAGUUAUCUUUGGAAAUCAUUACAUAUUUAUAAUUGGUUGGUUUUAAUGGCUCAAAUUAUCUUUCAAGUUGCUGUAAUAUUAUAUUUUCAAUUUAAAUUCAAUUCAAAUCAAAUGUUUGAAGGUCAUAAUCAUAAUCAUAAUCAUAAUCAUAGUAGUAGUAGUAGUAGUAGUAGUAGUGGAAGCAUUAUUGAUAUAUUAUCAAGUCAAAGUAGUGCUAUUGGUAUUGGUGGUGGAAACAGUAGUGGUAGUGAUAGCAGUUAUGAAGUUAUUGAAAAUUCAUUACCAACUGAAUUAUAUAAUAUAGCAGUUGUAUUUGGAUUUAAGAUUGAAACUGGUCCAUUAUCAAUAUCAACAAUUAGUGAUGUUAUCAUUAUGGUUUUAUUAGCUUAUCAAAAGAUGAUAUUCCAAUCACGUGAUUUCCAUAUCCUUGAAGAACAUUUAAAGGCUAAAAGAGAUUUAAAUUAUGAAACUGCUCGUGAAUUUUAUAAAAUUAGAAGAAAUGCUAGAAUUGAACAAUUAAAUUCAAUUCAAGAUAAAAUUACUCAAAGGAGAUCAAGAUUACAACAUUUAAAAUUAAAAAGAAUAAAUAGAAGAAAGAAUAGACAUAAUCACUAUUAUAAUAAUAAUCCAAAUAAUAAUUAUAAUAAUAAUAAUAAUAAUAAUAAUAGCAAUAGUAGUAAUAGUAAUAAUAAUAAUAAUGAUGAUGAUAGUAAUGAACCAUUAUCACUUGGUGAUAAUAGUUUUGUACCACCAAAAAAUACAACAAAUCAGAAUGCAACCAAUUCAACUUAUUCACCAUUUGCAAAUAGUACUAUGCAUAUGCCACCAUAUGAAAAUAAUAAUAACAACAAUAAUAAUAAUAAUAAUUUUAAUAAUAAUCCAUUAUCAAAUUCAUCAUCAACAGUAUCAUCAUUUGGUGUUAUUGAAAAACCAUUAGAAAAGAAAAAUUGGGUUAAAAUUUAUUUAAAUAAGAUUUUAGAUUGGUUAGAUCCUUUACCAGAUAUUUUAAUUGAAAAUUAUAAAAAACAACAAUUACAACAACAACAAAAACUAGAAAUGAAUCAAAGUUUACUUUUUGGUGACCAAUUACAACAAGAACAACAACAACAACAAGAACAACAACAGCAAUUAAAUCCACAACAACAACAAUCUCAAAGUUCAAAAGAGUUACCACCAAUUUUAGAACAAUUUGAACAUAAUGAUGAUGAUUUUGAAAUUUCAUUAAAUCAAGCACCAGGUGAUUAUAGAAAUAGUAUUUUCAUUGAUUCUGAACAAAUGAGAAAUGCAAUGCAACAAAUGGAACAAAGAAGACAACAAAGAUUACAACAAAGUAUUGAUGCUUCACAAUUAUUACAACAACAACAACAACAACAACAAGCUUCCUCAUCAAAUACAAAUACAAAUAGUAAUAAUAAUAAUUAUAAUAAUAAUAAUAAUAAUAAUAAUAAUAAUAAUAAUAAUAAUAAUAAUAAUAAUAAUAAUAAUAAUAAUAAUAAUAAUAAUAAUAAUAAUAAUAAUAAUAAUAAUAAUAAUGAAAUACCAAAACCAAAUCAAACAUCAUCAUCAACAAUUACAUUAGAACCAAUUGAAGAUGAAGAAGAAUUUUUAUAUAAAGAAAAGACACAAUACUUUAAGAGAAUUAUUAGAGGUUUUUCAAGAAUUGCAAGAGAUGAAAGUAAAUGGUUAGUAUUUAUGGCUUGUAUUGCAAAUGGUGUUUUCUAUAAUAGUAUAAUAUCUUUAGUUUAUCUUUUAGCAGUAUUUUUGUAUGGUAGAUUAUUUGAAAGUCCAAGACCUUCUAAAAACUUUUGGAGAUUUAUGAUUGGUUAUAGUAGUUUAAUAAUUUGUCUUAAAUAUGUUUUCCAAAUUCCAAAGAAUUAUUAUAAUUGUAAUGAAAAUUAUCAUAACAGUAAUAAUGGUACAAUUUUAAUGACAUCAACAUCAGUUUAUAAUACAAAUAAUAAUAUUAAUAAUAAUAAUCAAUUAAAUAAUAAUGAAAAUUAUGAAUGGUGGCAAUGUCCAAAUACAUUAUUAUCAGAACAAAAUUUAUUAUUAACAUUACCAUAUGUAUUUGGACUUUAUAUUAUUGAUGGUCAUUUCAUUUCUGGUGCUUUUUGGGAUUUAGCAAUUCUUUUAUGUUGUUUAUGGCAUAGACAUGUUUAUAGAUCAAAAGGACUUUGGAAUUUCCAAGAAAAAGAUUUCUAUGUUGAUCAAAAACAACAAUCACCUUUAAAUCUUUUCAAUUUAGAUCAACAACAUUUUGAUCAACAACAAAUUGAUCAAAUUCAAAAUCAACAAGAUUUAAAUAAUUCACCAAUAUCAUUAAAUAGUAGUAAUAAUAAUAAUAAUAAUAAUAAUAAUAAUAAUAAUAAUAAUAAUAAUAAUAAUAAUAAUAAUAAUAAUAAUAAUAAUAAUAAUAAUAAUAAUAAUGAUCAAACUUUAAUUGAUAUUAAUAAUAAUAAUAAUAAUAAUAAUAAUAAUAAUAAUAAUAAUAAUAAUAAUAAUAAUAAUAAUAAUAAUAAUAAUAAUAAUAAUAAUAAUAAUAAUAAUAAUAAUAAUAAUAAUAAUAAUAAUAAUAAUAUUAUAAUUGAUCAAAUUUUAGUUGAUUGUUCAAACGAAUAUGAUGAAGAAGAUCAACAACAAUUUAAUGAAUUUUAUGAUGAAGAAUUUGAUGAUAGAAAUGAACAAGAGAAAGAAAAUGAUGAACAAGAGAUACAAGUUAUAAAGAAAUCAUCAAAAUCAAUUGCAAAAAUAAUUAUAUAUCCAUUCAAAUGGUUAUUUGUAUCAAUUAUUGAAUAUGUUUGGUUAGCGAUUAGAACUGAUGAAAAACCAGGUAGAGAUUAUUAUAUGCCAUUAUUAUUUACAGAUUUUGCAUGUUUAUUCUUUUUGGUGAUUUUCCCACAAAAUUUCACAGGUAUACCAUCAUCGGAUAUUGCCGAAUUUUUAGAACAAAAUGUUAUACCACGUCAAUAUAUUGUGAUUUUAUUGGCACAAUUUGGUGUAAUCAUUUUAGAUCGUAUCAUUUAUCUUUACAAAUCAGUUAAAGCAAAGUUUGUCCUUCAAAUUGUGCUCACAGUACUUUAUCAUGUUUUCCUCUUCUUUUAUUUCCCAGAUUUAAUAGUGAAACCAUUCAGUUUUGGAUAUACUUGGCCAUUGGUUGUUUUCUACCUUAUGAAAUGUAUUUAUCUCUAUUAUAGUGCAUUACAAAUUUGUUAUGGUUAUCCAAUUCUAUCACAAAAUAGGUUCCUUAUGGAUGGUUAUUCCGAUUUUCACAAUAUUGGUUAUGCAUUGUAUAAAGCGAUUCCAUUCGUUUAUGAAUUAAGAACUCUAUUGGAUUGGAUUGCAACUGAUACAACUAUGCUUUUCUAUGAUUGGUUAAAAUUUGAAGAUCUUUAUUCAACAAUUUUCUCUGUCAAAUGUAGAUUAGAAUGGAUAAAAAGACAAGGUCGUCAAAAAGGUCAUAAACAACCAAAAUUUGAAAAAUUUGUAACUGGUGUUACCUUUUUCAUUGGUUUGGUUAUUCUAUUAUGGUUCCCAUUAAUUAUUUUAUCAUCUGGUUUACCUGGUUCAAAUAUUGAACCAGUUAAUAAUAUUCAAAUUGAAGUCUCUGUUGUAGGUUGGAAUCCUUUCUUAAAGAUUAAUCAAGAUUUAUCUUUAGAAAGUGGUGAUGGUGACUCUACUAUGGAUCAAAAUUCAUUCAAUAAUUUAAAAGAAGAUUAUUCAUUCCUUACAACUGACGAUAGACAAGGUAUUCAAAAUAUUUCUAUCAAUACUUUUUCAGAGGAAAUUUGGAAUUUAUCACCACCUGCAAAAGCUCAAUUAAUUAAUUAUCUUUUAACAAAUACUUCAUUACAAAUUGAAGUUUCCUAUACUUUAACAAGAAGUGGUGGUGUUAAUUCGGUUAUUGUUGGUUCAAAUUCUGUUCAAUUAAAACCUGAUCAAGAAUUAAAUUUUUAUAAUAUUUUAACUAGAGUUCAAUCAAAUAAUUCAAAUAAUUCAAAUAAUCCAAAUGAAAAUAGUAGUAGCGGUAGUGAUGAUAAUAAUAAUAAUUCAAAUAAUAAUAUUGGUUCAAAUAGUUUUAUAGUUGAAGGUUUAUUUUAUAAAUUUAUAAAAUUACCAGGUGUAUCAGGUAAUCCAAUUUAUCCAACUGAUAAUAAUGGUAAUGUUUUAGCUUUAGAUGCAUUAUUUACAAUGAAUUCUACAAAUUUUAAUAAUUCAAAUCAACCACCACAAUAUUUUUGGCAAGUAAAUGCUUAUGAUUCAACUAAAACUUAUAAUAUAUCAACAUUGGAAUCAAUUCAAUUCUAUACAAUCUCAUCGAAAUUACCAAAUGGUAUCACUAGUACAUUGGUAUCUGCUGGUAUUAUUGGUCUUUACGUUUCAGUUGUAUUAUCGGUCGGUAGAUUCCUUCGUCUUUCAAUCACUCAAAUUAGUAUUAAAAUUCAAUUGGAAAAUUUAGAUAGUUGUGAUGAAAUCUUAAAAAUGAUUGAUGAUGUUUUCAUUGCUCGUGAAUAUGGUGAUUUAGUACUUGAAGAAGAACUUUAUCAUGAAUUAAUUCAAGUAUUUAGACAACCACAAUUAUUAUAUUCUUUAACAACUUUUAAAAAUAAUCAAUUAAAUUUACCAACAACUCCAACAAUAAAUUCAACUUUAAAUAAUCAAAAUAAUCAAAAUAAUAAUAAUAAUAAUAAUAAUAAUCAUGAAAAAAUUAAUUAA